AUGGCAUCCAAGUUUUUGCGCGAGUAUAAGCUCGUUGUCGUCGGUGGUGGUGGUGUCGGAAAGUCGUGUUUGACGAUCCAAUUGAUCCAGAGCCACUUUGUCGACGAAUAUGACCCUACGAUUGAAGACUCGUACCGCAAGCAGUGCGUGAUCGACGAUGAGGUCGCGCUUCUCGAUGUUCUCGACACAGCCGGACAGGAGGAGUACUCAGCGAUGAGGGAGCAGUACAUGCGCACAGGCGAGGGUUUCUUGCUUGUCUACUCCAUCACGUCGCGGCAGUCGUUUGAGGAGAUCAUGACGUUCCAGCAACAAAUCCUGCGAGUUAAGGACAAGGACUACUUCCCAAUCACUGUGGUAGGAAACAAGUGCGAUUUGGAGGGCGAGAGGCAGGUUUCUAAGCAGGAGGGAGAGGCACUAGCAAAGUCCUUCGGCUGCAAAUUCAUCGAGACGUCCGCCAAGUCGCGCAUCAAUGUCGACAACGCGUUUUUCGACAUCGUGCGCGAGAUCCGCCGUUAUAACAAGCAGAUGGCAGGUAACUUCGAGGGUGGCGGCGGUGGUGGCCAGGGAAACGGCGGACCGCAGGGCAAGAUGGAGAUGGGUGAGGGCGAGAACACCAGGGGAUGCUGCGGAUCGUGUGUCCUGAUGUAA